GGGGGGGUGGUGCGAGGGGGUUUUUUUCCUCGUCGGGGGGGGGGGGGGGGGGGGGGGGGGGGCGGGGUGCAAAAUUUCUACUCUAUACACUUCAACACUCCUUUCAGAUCGUGUUUCACAAAAUGUAUAAAAUCAGAAAAUGAACAUGAAAAUGAAAAUUUCUCAAUCGUCGAAUAUCAUCAUCUUACUGAACUUGGUCUUAUUCAAACUCAUGAAGAUUAUGUUGAAGAAUUUUUACUUGAUAUAAAAACACGUUUGCCAAAUGGUGUUCAUCUUCGUAUUGAUUAUCAACUAUUAAAAAAAGUGACAGACAAUUUUCAAAGAGAUGCAAUAAGAAUUAAUUGUUCAAAAAUAAAUUAUUUCUAUCAGACUUAUUAA